AUGGACGCCUUCCUGCCUGUACUCCUUGCGCAACCGCUCAUCUAUACGAACCCGAGCGUUCCGUUCGCAUAUGACGCGAUGACGACGCGCCUGCCGAAUCUGCUCAAUGACAUGGCCGAUCAGAAUUCGAAACCUCACGCUCACAACACGCUUCCGCCCGACGCGAUUGGUGCACUGCGAGCACUCGCAGCUUCUGUCGCUGCCAACGGCGCGAUUCCGCCGCUGUCCGAUCCGUCGAGUGACCCGACGUGGCACGAAGACUGGAAAAAGCAUGGAGAAGGGCGGACAUGGCACAACGCGGCGUGGUUCUUUGCUGAAGCUUACUUGUUUCGCGUCGUCUUGGACGUGACGGGGUUUGCUGUGCACGGGAUAGAUCCGUACCACUGCCAGAAGAUGGCAGAGCUCAAUGACCCGACGCCGUGGCGUCUCCUCGAGUCCGCUGCUGCUCUCCAUCACACGACCGACGACACGACCGCAGAAGAGUCGCUCGGAGUGCUGCUCAAGCUUAGUUUGUGGGGUAACAAAGCCGACGGUGCCUAUAAGCAAGUGAAAGACUCCAUUCGCGGAACCCACGCGACUCUCGACAUUGACGACGCUUACCUCCUCGCGGACGACUCCGCCGCGGUGAUUCAGCAUCUCGCGGCACACCCAACCAAGCCCGUCCACUUCAUCAAUGACAACUGCGGCACGGAAAUCCUGCUCGAUCUGGCGCUCGCGGACCACCUCCUCACCCACAACUGGACGCCAUUGAUUCUCCUCCACACAAAGGCAGCUCCAACCUAUAUUUCGGACGCCACACCCCAAGAUGUGUUGGAAACUAUUCAACUUAUGGGUCUACCCACACGAUCGUCGCAUGUGCGGGCGCUGGCGGCGCGGCUCCAAGCGCACGUCGACAACCACCGAUUGAUCCCGCAGUCGCACGCCGUGUGGAAUCAAUACCGGUUCUACUUUGAACUCCCGGACGACGUCCGCGCGACGCUCGCGACCGCCGGCCUCGUCAUCUCGAAAGGCGACGCCAAUUACCGUCGGUUCCUUGGCGAUCGGCUCUGGCCCGCGACGACGCCGCUCUCAACCGCCGCGCCGUUCUUCCCUACGUCAUUUGUGGCCUUGCGCACAAUGAAGUCGGACCCGGUUGUAGGGAUCGCCCGAGAAGUCGAAGCCAAACUGAACGUGGAGGACCCGCUAUGGCGCAUCAAUGGCAAGCGUGGCGUCAUCCAGGCAGUCUUGCGCGAAUAAACGCGUUGAAUGGACCUCGCAUCAUGUCCAGUUUGUUUUCACGCAUCGUCAUUCCAGAGUCUCCAACAAGAGCUACGAUGGCACA